UCGAGGCUUGGCCAGCUUUCUGCCAUUUAUCAUCCCGCUCCGCCGAUUCCCCCGAUUCCCUGGAGCGCCCACAUCUGACUUAGCCCCUCUAUACCCAUACCGUCUAUCGACAUAGACAUAAGUAUCAGCCUUUGAACACGCCUGUGCGCGGUCCAAGUCCACAAAGGUCAGCUGUUCAGUUGUUCACCUAAGUUUCGUCUCUCGGCUCUCGUUAUCAUACUCUCGUCCAUGGAGAGAUGGGAAUCCAUUGGGGGGAAGUUGGCAGUGAAUUUGCAAAGUCACCCCUACUGGGGUUGGACAUGAGGACAAGGCAGGUUCAACGCAUUAGCCUUUGUUUCUGGUGAGAUUAGCUCCAAAGUCAAUCCGACUUAGAUAUCAUGGAUCAGGACGAGUUGGAGGACCAGAUGCUAUUGACCCUAUUAAGAGAGCAUCUCAUGUCGGUGAAGGAAAGUCUUGGCGAUUUGGCUCAAGCCUUAAAUAUUCCUCUUGACCUCCUGGACGGGAAAAGUGAGGCCAUCGUUGUAUUCUCAAUCCUGAUUUGUGUCUUGUGCUGGUUGGUGAAAUCCCAAAGCUUCAGCAAGAUCCACAAAUACCUUCUGUUGAACGCGGAUGGAUCCUUGCUCAUGGAUUCCACUGUCUGGGAACACCAAGAACGCAAUGUGGUGGUGUGCUCGGUCCAAGGUCGAAGACCCACCAUGGAAGACAGAUUCAUCUUGUGUUCCAUUCCUGUGGUGGAUGGCAAGUCCGUGAAGAUCGCCUCGGUCCUCGACGGCCAUGGAGGCCAGUUUGCGGUGGAUUAUGUCAAGAAGCACUUUUUGGCCAAUCUGACUCAAAAGAUCAAAUUGCUCAAAGCCUUGGCCAGUCAGAGUCUCUCGAACAAGGAGAAAUUGGCGUGCUUGGAAAAAUCCCGGGGCGACAAGAUUGUGACCAAACCCUUGCUCAAGUUUCUCAAGCUCUCCGAGGCCGACUUCAAAGAGCUUUGUCCCAAAGGCAAAGUGCAAUUGGAAGAGAUGGCCAAGCCUAAACUAUCGGCUUCGGCCAAAAAGGAACCUGCAUCCAAUGUAUCUUCAGGGCCAAUCAUGUCGUCAAGAGUAAAGGCUUUGGAGGAGGUCCCCACUUUGAAGAACCAUCCUAUCGAAAGUGUGCUCACCCUAAAUACAUCCUCGCCCGGAUUGAGUAAAAAGAAAACAUCGUCCUCUUCCGCCUGCAAUAGCAAUGCGAUUAUUCCAAAACCUAAGUCUAAUAGCAAAAGUAAUUCAAGAAAGCCUCCAAUGAGGCGAGAUUUGUCAGAGCUCCUCUUGCCAGAGGGUCAAAUCGCUUAUGAUUUACUUCUUAAGGAGGAGAUUGCUCAUGUUGACAUUCAACUCAUGCAAGAGGGUCGGAAAAGAUUCCAAAUCGGUGGUACAACUCUACUCUUCAGUAUUAUGGAUCAAGAUCAGCUGUGGGUGGCCAAUGUGGGAGAUUCCCGGGGAAUCCUGGUCAACACAAAGGGAGAGGUCACCCCACUUUCCUACGACCAUAAACCAUGUCAAGAGAAAGAAAAGAAACGGAUUGAGGAAAACGGUGGGUAUGUAGAAAUGAACGGAGUCUGGAGAGUUCAAGGGAUUUUGGCCACUUCCCGGGCCUUAGGAGAUUUCCCCUUGAAGGACAAGAACCUCAUCACGUGUGAGCCGGAUGUCAUGAAAUUCAAGUUGAGGGGAUCGAAUCCUAGUUUUGCGGUCUUGGCCUCAGACGGCCUUUGGGAUACUCAUACCAACGAGGGUGUUGCCCAUUACGUUCGCAAGCGGCUCAAAAAGGGUCGAAGCCCAAAAGAUGUGGCUAGAAGCUUGGUUGAAGACGCCAUGGAUAAGGAUUCAUUGGAUAACAUAACAGUGUUACUUAUGGACUUGAAGAAGUAUGUUUAAAAAUACAUAUACUGGAAA